UGAAUUUAUGUACAUCAUUCACGUAUUUUCGGCAAACUGCGCUGCAGGCAGUGAGAGGUGGUGGAAGUUGAGAACGCACACACCACCACGACCACACAAAGACACACAACAACAACAACAACGAUGCUGGGUGUGCGCAAGACAGUGCACGGGAGAGGGUCCUUCUGGGUGAAGAAGAAGACGACAAAGGAGACAAAGGGUGGGGAUGAGAAGAGUGGUGAGGAAGCGCUGGAUGGGGAGAGGCUGAGGAAGGGGACAGAUGUGAUCAAGGGCAAGCGGCCUUUUGCACAUGUCGUUGAAAAGGCGAAGAUGGAAACCGUGUGCCAGACGUGUUUUGUGCAGUGCGAGCAGCUGCGGCGACCCUUGCAGCGGUGUGCAGGAUGCAAGGCGCUCCGCUACUGCUCCGCAGCAUGCCAAAAGGCAGAUUGGAAGGACCACAAGCCGGAGUGUGCUGCGCUGAAACGCAUUUCACCGGUGGUUCCCGCAACCUUUGUGAUGUUUUUGGCACGCAUCCUGCGGAAGAUGGAGCGCAACACGGGCGAAAUGGACGUGCUGCAAUUGCACAUGCCUGGUGAGCCAUCUGAUCCUCAGCAACAGCGCGGCCUCUUUGCCAUCCUGGAGCACCUGCGGCAUUUCCUGCCCGAUGCAGAGAAGCAUCUUCUCAAGUCCGCUUACCCCGUCCUGCGCAUCACAAGCGCCAACUCCUUUGGCAUUUCCGGUGUGGAGGGCAACAACCUUGGCGUGGGCCUGUACGAUACCGUGUCGUACAUCAACCACUCGUGCGCCCCAAACUGCUCCAUCACCUUCUCCGGCGUGUACGCGCGCGUUCGCUCUGUCCACGACCUCCCACCAAACCAGGAGCUCACCAUUGCGUAUAUCGACCCGUGCGAUCCACGCGCCAAGCGGCGGGCGCAUCUCAAGUCCCAGUUCAUGUUUGACUGCGAGUGUUCACGGUGCGAGCGCGAGCGUGACGACGACCCCCUGCUGACGCUCUGCUGCCCGGGCUCAGGGUGUGAUCAGAUCAUCAAGUACCAGCUCACCGCACCGCCCGACGACACAGCCUUUGAAGUCACGAAAAAGUGUGAGCGGGGACACCUUGAUGACCCGGCCACCUUUGACUCGUGGUCACGAAAGGUGAAACGAGUGCUGGGGAUCAUUGGCGAAGCCAACAAAGCGCGCCGGCCUGUUCAAGGGGAUAUGGCGUCGUUUGAGCGACUUCUGCCUCCAACCAACUACCUCAUGCACAUUGCGUACACGGGCGUCCUGGAUCAGGCCAUCGGCACCGGCCAAUUCCAAGAGGCGCUGCAGUGGGCGCGAAAGGUCAUUCUCGUGUAUGACGCGCUCAACUCGCCCAUGGACCCUCUGCGUGGCAUUGAGCUGCUGCGUGUGGCCAAGUUGCAGGCCCUGGCACGGGACGGAAGGGGGUUUCUGGAGACAAUCCAGAAGGCGGUGGACGUGAUUCGCCUCACCCACGGCGAAGACAGCGUCGUGUACCAGCAAGUCCUUGCCCUGCACUGAACCCUGUGGGUGUUUGUGAUGCGCGUUCACUUGCCAGGCCCAUGCACACAAGUUGUUUUGUUGACAACAACACCAGCAGUCCAGCAGCAGCAGCAGCGCUUUCUUCUCGUCAACAACUCACCCCAAGAAGCACAAGAAGGGCCAUAUUCGCACAAGCACGGUGAAUUUUCUUUCGAUUAUUUCAGCGUCGAAUCCUCAGGCGCCAACACAAAAAAAUAAACUCACGGCACUUUUUUUUUUGUUUGUGUCGAC